AUGGAGAGUUUCGUCGAGCCUACGUCACAAAUACCGCCCAUCACCUCCACUAUUAGCCACCACCACCACCUGCCGUCAUCACCACCCGCCACCAACCUCCGCCGUCUACCACCACCACCACCGUCCUCCGCCACCCACCGCUACCGCCAUCGUAAACCACCGCCACCUCGACCACUAUCGCCGCCCUUCGCCGACCACCACCACCAUCCUCCGCUACCACCACCUGCUACCGUCAACCACUACCACCCACCGUCGUCGCCACCACCAUCAACCACCAUCGCUGCCACCUGCCACCGCAGACCACCGCCAACCCCAACCAUCGCCGCCACCGUCGCUAGCCGCUACCGAUCACCACCACCACCCAUCACGGAUUUAAUUCAUUCUUCUUUUCUUACCUACCAAACAACACAAGGUAAUGAUUUAUUCCUUUCCUACAUAACCAAACAAGACUACGGAAUGUAA